AUGUCGGGCGAUGCCGAGCCAGCGGUGCAAUCCGGCUCCUGGCAUACCAAGGGACACUCGUCUAGCACGGAGUGUUCUCUAUUCGUCGCAACACCUAGAAUAUCAAGAGCCCAUUCUCGAUGGAGCGAGCGCCCGCGUCGACCCACUUUUGAUCUCACGCCGGCCCUCGAGGCAAAGGCGCUCGUGUUGGGGUGGUAUUCUGAAGCGAAGUGGGGCGCGUUAGAGGCGACGCGCGCUUCACUCCCGCCUCAAGCCGGAAUCGCAUUACGC